CACUCUUUCAACAGAGACUUUAGAAAAUCAACAGUGUAGGUCCUGAACCGUCACUGUCUUACUUGGUUUCACUGGAAACGGCUGCCAUGAGGUUUUUCCUUUUCAUUGGUAUAGUAUUCAUCCUCAUUCAAAGGGAACAUGUCUCAUCUCUCCAAAGUGACCAGGUAUUGUGGGCUCUUCCACGUUCCAGUAGGCAAGUUGAAAUUCUCCAGAAUCUGACCACUACUUUUGAGGUUGUGCUUUGGCAACCUGACUCACCCAGGAACAUAAUGAAAAACAAAGAGGUACAUUUCUACGUCAACAUAUCAGAUGUAAAUGACGUGAAAGCUGCACUUAACAGAUCUGCCAUUCUAUACAGAGUAUCACUGGAGGAUGUUCACAAAAUUAUUGAGAUACAAACUGCCAAUGACACUGUCACCCCCCGCAGUUCUGCAUCAUUUUAUGAACAAUAUCAUUCGCUAAAAGUAAUAUAUGCCUGGAUGGAAGAAAUAGCGACACAGCAUUCUAAUACCAUCCAAAAAAUCCCCAUUGGAGUUUCCUAUGAGAAACGGCCUCUUUAUAUUUUGAAGCUUUCAAGUGGAGGGGGAACACCCAAAAAUGCCAUUUGGAUAGAUUGUGGUAUUCAUGCUCGGGAAUGGAUUUCUCCUGCUUUUUGCCUCUGGUUCAUAGGACAUGCAACUCAGUCCCUAACCAGGGAUUCCUCACUGCAGAGGCUUUUACAGCACAUUGAUUUCUAUGUCUUGCCAGUAAUGAACGUGGACGGCUAUGAGUACACAUGGACUACUAAUCGAAUGUGGCGAAAAAGCCGUUCAGUGCACGGCAGCAACAGGUGCGUCGGGACAGACUUGAACAGAAACUUCGAUGCAGGGUGGUGUGGCAAAGGUGCAUCUCAUAAUGACUGCGAAGAGAUAUAUUGUGGACCGUACCCUGAGUCUGAACCAGAAGUAAAAGCUGUAGCUAAUUUUCUCAGAAAGCAUAAGGAUCAUAUUAAGGCAUAUAUAUCAAUGCAUUCUUACUCCCAGCUGGUUCUGUUUCCAUAUUCUUAUACUAGAAAUAAAAGCAAAGACCAUGAUGAGCUGCAACUAGUGGCAAACAAAGUAGCUAUUGCUAUAAGAGUUGGAUAUCAAAAUCACUACCAGGCAGGCUCUGGUGCACAAACAAUUUAUUUAGCUCCAGGAGGUUCAGAUGACUGGGCUUAUGAUCUCGGUAUAAAGUAUUCUUUCACUUUUGAACUUCGGGACAAAGGACGAUACGGAUUUUUGCUGCCUCAGCAUCUCAUUAAACCAACCUGCUAUGAAACACUCACUGGAAUCAAAAUAAUAGCUUCACAUGUUAUUAAAAAUAUGUAAAACACUAUCCCAUUUAGCAUUGUACAACAUUCCAGUCAGCCACCUUACAUGGCUAGACAAAUGUAACUUGCUUGGUAUUUUAAUUUCAAUAAAACGUGAACUUUU